GAUUGACCAAUCAGCAGAGGUCUUAGGGCGGGUGCGGCCAUCCAGCGAGCCAAUAGGCGUGCAGCCGGAGCCGGGCUUGCCCCGGGCACGUCGGAGCUGCGGCCUGCCGGCAAGCCACGUGCAGGCCCUGAGACGCCGCACAGUGCCCCAUUGGAAGACAGCCUCCUUUGGUGUCCUUUGCUCCCAGCUGUGAGCUGCUUGGCAUGGUGCUGGGGGAAGCCCCUGACUCCACUCAGGGUCCGUCCGUCUCCAACCUGAGCCCCAAGGAUGCGGUUCGGAGAAGGAACAAAAGGAGGAGCCGACAGCACCAGCGCUUCAUGGCCCGCAAGGCCUUGCUCCAGGAACAGGGGUUACUGAGCACACCCCAAGAGCCAGGGUCCUGUCCACUGCCCACACCAUCACAGAUGCCAGCUGACGUGAAGGCUGCCAGCAGCAAGAGGCAGCGUCCUAAGGCCGGGUCAGGCAACGGUGGUCCAUGCAGAAAAAGGCCCAGCCCCAGGGAAGCCGCUGGGCCCUGGCCUAGCAAGUGUGUGGCUAUCGACUGUGAGAUGGUAGGCACAGGUCCCCGGGGCCGGGUGAGUGAGCUGGCCCGCUGCUCUGUCGUGAGUUACCACGGUGAUGUCCUGUACGACAAGUACAUUCGACCCGAGCUGCCCAUUGUGGACUACCGCACUCGCUGGAGCGGCAUCACCUGCCAGCACAUGCGCAAGGCCAUCCCCUUCCAGGUGGCCCAGAAGGAGAUUCUGAAACUCCUGAAGGGCAAAGUGGUGGUGGGACAUGCUCUGCACAAUGACUUCCAGGCCCUCAAGUACAUCCACCCUCGGAGCCAGACCCGGGAUACCACCUAUGUUCCAAACCUGCUCAACCCACCUGGCCUCAACGUUAGAACCAAGGUCUCUCUUAAGGACCUGGCCCUGCAGCUAUUGCACAAGAAGAUCCAGGUGGGCCAGAAAGGGCACUCAUCCGUGGAAGAUGCCCUGACUGCCAUGGAGCUCUACCGACUGGUGGAGGUGCAGUGGGAGCAGCAGGAAGCCAGCAGUGCCUCAGCGCCCCCUGAAGACCGCAGCUCGGACGUGGAGAAGUACAUGGAGGACCAGUACUGGCCUGAGGACCUGGUCCAGGCCAGCUUAGGAGGAACGAGGGAGGCCCCGGAUGGAAGAGAGUGAGAAAGUGUAGCGAGUGGGAAGUAGGGGCAGGGACCCUUGAGUGGUCCUCUCGGGACCGCCAUUGCGGGAGAAAGCCUGGCACCUCAGGGGCAGAGCUCUUGCAGUCAUCUGUCAGCAUGCUGUGCCACAGUACUGCCCUCUGUCUCUGAGGGGUGUUGCUGGUGCUGUCCCCUGGCUUCUGUGGCUUUGUUAAUGGUACUUUGUAGAUUCCAUGGAAAUGACAGGUGGACUAUGUCUUAGGGCCCUACAGGACAGGGAAAGCACCACAGGACUACCCAAGGCUGUCACUGGCUCCUCCGCUUCCUGGUCUCCUAGUGUCACCAUGCUGUUAUCUAGAAGGACAAGGAGGAGAGUACCUCCCUCCCAGGAGCUCCCUUAUCAACUCUGACUGGGUGAAGUUCAGUUCUUGUCACCUCUCUUCCUCCGCAGGCACGCUCAGGUUCAGAGUAAUGGACCUGAAGGUAGACCUAAGGCCCCUAAAGGACACCUGUCUUUCCCAUCUCUGUUUCUAAAACAGGUCCUCACUCUGGUUUCUUUUUUCUUCCUUCUUCCUUUCUUCCUUUCUUUUAAAAUUAAUUUAUUUGAGAAAGGGAGAGAGAGAAUGUAUGCGCCAGGGCCUCCAGCUACAACAAAUGAACUUCAGACGCAUGACCACCUUGUGCAUCUGGCUUAUGUAGGUAUUGGGGAAUCGAACCUUGAUUCAUAGGCAAGUGCCUUAACUGUUAAACCAUCUCUCCAGCCCCCUCUCUGUGGUUUCUAAGGUGCAGCUUUGGGGUACUGGUAAGGAAGGGCUCAUGUGACAGCCCCACUGAUACUGCCACUUAGCUCUGGGACUCUUGCUUUCCCCUUGAGCCUUUUCCUCGUCUGUCAAGUGGGCAGUGACAGAGCCUACCUUACAGAGCUGCUGGGUGCCUCUCCCGUGCCUGGCACAUGCCGGACAUGAAUGAGCUGUUGUUCACUGAGGCCAGAGCCUGAACUCUGAGCCCUUGGAAGCAGCUGUGGCCCAGACAGGACUGCCCUUGCUUGGCUCUUGAGCAGGUGGGGUGGUUCCAGAGUUCUCAGCAUCCUGCCUGUCUUUUGAGGAGCGAUGGCAGCAACAGCAUAGGGUCGGGAGAGGGGCACACUGCAGAGACCAUAUUACUUAGUGUCAGCUGAGCUCCAGGUACACAAACCCUGGGUCACGGAUUGUGUGGUCACUGGCUCCUCCCUGUCAUCCGAACAGGGAGCUGGCCAAAAUUAUCAGCACAUACUGCUGGCCAGGUGCCAGGGCUAAGUUCUGGUUUCCUUAAAAAGCCGUAGCUGGUGCCAGAGUCAUUGCCAGCCAGGAGCUUUGAUUGCUUGGUGUGGGGGUUGAAGGAACGUGAAACUGUUGGCCAAUACUGUUGAAAAUCAGCUUUGCUGUGAAACCAUUUGUUCUGAAAUAAAGCUCAAUUGGAAAAGUG